AUGCCCAGUAGAGUCGAUAGAUACGACCAUGUUCCGGUAACUAAAGAGAACCUGGACUGGGCCGAACUCGUCACAUUGGAUCUGAGCCUGUACGAUCAGCCGGGUGGAAGAGAAGUGCUGGUUAAGCAAUUGGAUCACGCAGUGCAACAUGUUGGCUUCUUUUACGUAAAGAAUUUCAACAUCAGCCAAGAGGAAAUCGAUUUUCAAUUUGCUCUUGGUCGGGAAUUUUACAGCCUUCCACUGGAAGAGAAGCUUAAUUUUCAUAACGCCGACGACUUGGCUAGAGGAGAGUACAACGGCUACAGGCCAGCUGGACACCGAAUUCUUGCAAACGGCAUCAAAGAUAACGUCCAGGUGUACAAUAUUCCGAAGUUCGAUGGUUAUCACCCAAGACAACAGCCUUCUGCGCUUUUAGAGCAUAUUUCUCAAAUCGAAGCUUUUAGCAGGAAAUGCCAUACGGAAAUUGUCGAGAAGCUUUUACGGUUAUUCGCCAUCCUUUUAGAGCUUCCUGACGAGAACCAGCUGGUUCGUGACCAUCAGUACGAUGUCAAGGGCGAAGACCAUUUGAGAUAUAUGCACUACGCAGCUCGUAAUGCUAAAGAAAACGAGCAAGUGGGUAACUUGUAUACCCCAGGCCAUACGGACCUAGGUACAGUGACACUACUAUUCCGACAGCCGGUAGCUGCUCUUCAAAUACUGAAUUCCGAGGGCGAGUGGAAAUGGGUCCGACCUCAAGAUGGAACCAUUACCAUCAAUACUUGUGAUGCAUUGACUGCAUUGACAGGUGGGUUCAUCAAGUCAAGCAUCCACCGAGUGCACGCUCCGCCACAGGAUCAAGCACAUAUCGAUCGACUAGGUGUGCUCUAUUUCGCCCGACCAAACAACCAUGUCAUUCUUGAUCCGAUCCAGAAUAGCCCCGUGUUGAAUCGCCUUGGACGGACAACCAACGCUUUCACGGAAAUAGGGCAGCAUCUUACAACCGAACAAUGGGUUCAAGUCCGUCAGACGCAGCAGCAGAGACGUAACCGGGACGGAAAGAUCACUACGGAUGGCAAAGUCAGCUAUACGCCGAAGGACCUUGAGAUUAUCCCUGGGCUCCAUGCGAAGGUUUAUUCGUAG